AGCUGGGGGUGGAGGGCUAGUUUUUGCAACGGCUAAGGGCCUACGGCUUUAUUAUAAGGCGGAGCUCGGCGGGAGAGGUGCAGGCGGGAGCCGAGCUGAGCGGGGAGGAAUCCAGCCGUAGAAAGGAUUGCAGCCGGCGGACCCCGCAGCCCUCACCUAGGACAGCCAGCCGCGCGCUGGACAUCGCUCGAAGGAGCUGCGCGCAGCGCAACCCUCGGAGCCGACCCGGAGCCCCGUGCAGUCCGGGCAGCGCAGCGCAGCCCUGACCCGCGCAGCUCGCCGCGCUCCAGCCGCCGGUCCGGGCAGCAUGAGGCGCCCGGCGCUCUGGCUCUGGCUCUGCGCGCUGGCGCUGCGCCUGCAGCCGGCCCUCCCGCAAACUGUGGCUAUAAAUGUGCCCCCCGAAGAUCAGGAUGGCUCUGGAGAUGACUCGGACAACUUCUCUGGCUCGGGCGCAGGUGCUCUGCCAGAUAUCACCUUGUCACAGCAGACCCCCUCCACCUGGAAGGACAAGGGGCUCCUGACGGCCAUGCCCACGGCUCCAGAGCCCAGCCGCCCAGACACCACCGCCACCUCCAUCUCCACCUCCUCCACCUCCACCUCCACCUCCGCCACCUCCACCUCCACCUCCAUCCUGCCGACUGGAGAACAGCCUGAGGAGGGAGGGGUGGUGCUCCUGGCAGAGGUGGAACCUGGCCUCACCGCCCAGGAGAAGGAGGCCACCCACCCACCCAGUGAGACCACGCUGCACCCAACCACCCACCGGGCAUCAACAGCCAGAGCCACCACGGCCCAGGGGCCUGCCACCUCCCAUCCCCACAGGGACGUGCAGCCUGACCACCACGAGACCUCAGCUCCCACAGGUCACAGUCAGCCCGAGCCUCAGGCUCCCAGCGUGGAGGAUGGAGGUUCUUCUGCCACUGAGAAGGCUGCUGAGGAUGAAGCCUCCACCCAGCUCCCAGGAGGGGAGGACUCUGGGGAGCAGGACUUCACCUUUGACGUGUCCGCGGAGAACUCAGCCGGGGCCACUGUGGAACCUGGCCAGCGGAAUGGGCCCCCAGGGGAUCCUGGGGCCACGGGAGCCUCGCAGGGCCUCCUGGACAGGAAGGAAGUGCUGGGAGGGGUCAUUGCCGGAGGCCUCGUGGGACUCAUCUUUGCUGUGUGCCUGGUGGGUUUCAUGCUGUACCGGAUGAAGAAGAAGGACGAGGGCAGCUACUCCUUGGAGGAGCCGAAACAAGCCAAUGGCGGGGCCUACCAGAAGCCCAGCAAGCAGGAGGAGUUCUACGCCUGAUGGGGGGGAUGACUCUCUCCUCCCCCUGCCACUCGCUAGGCCCCCACUUGCCUUUUCUGUGAAGAACUGCAGACCCUGCGCUCCUCCACCACGCCACCCUCCUGGCGCACCCAGCCCCGCCGGAGGCUCCCUUCCCGCGGAGUCCUGGGCGUGCCGGGGAGAGGGCUCGUCUCCGCUUCUCUGACUUCUGCCUGGAGACUUGGGCACAAGGGCUUUCUUGCAUAUGACUGACCUUUCCAUCACAGCCGGCACCUGGCAGCCCACCACGCUGACUCAGUUUCUCCAAACCGGAGCAGCCCGUCCCCAGGCCCAGCUCUGGAGAGAAGGGGACCCCGCUGCUCGGGACCCGGAUGGCUGGAAGAUGCUGUGGGAGGGCUGACAUGUCUGUAGCACUUACUGGUAGAGACCAGCGGGCCUGGCUGGGGGUGUGUCCCGCUGAGUGGUGGGGACAGGAGGUCAGGGCUCUGUCGGAAUUCACUUUGUUUUGUGGAGAGGUCUAAUUUAGAUGUCAAAUUGUUUUUGCACAUGUUUCCUCUAGUUUCUUUGUUUAUAGCCCAGUAGACUUUGUUACUUCAGAGGUAAGUUAAGUAAGUUGAUUUGGUUAUCCCCCAUCCUGCUUCCCUAAUCUAUGGUCAGGAGAUAGCAUCAGGGUUAAGAAGACUUUUUUUUUUUUUUUUUUUGACUAGGAGAACCAAAUCCAGAAGCCAACAUAUAGGCUUAGUUCGUGUGUUGUCUCUUGAGUUUGUGGCUCACGUGUGCAACAGGGUAUGGAAUGUCUGUUGGGUGGCCCUGUUGGUGGGCUGGCCCAUCCCGGCUGCCAUGGGUGGUCACCUCUUUGAGCAGUCAUGCCUGUGUCCAUGAACUCGGGGCCAGGGCCAUGGCCCAAGUGGCUGGGAUGCUGGGAAGCCUGUGUGAGAAUUGAAUCCUGGAGCCUCAGGCUUGGGGAUCGAGGAGAGAGGACCAAGCCCUUCCUUUGAUGCCAUCUCUGGGGGACACUUUCUCCUGGAAGGUGACGAGAGGGGUCUUGGCCCUACCUGCCACUGAGCUGCCCCACGAAGGACCAGGUUCACUUUGAUUAGCUCCUGUGGCCCGACUCUGGGCUGGAAUCAGGAAUAUUCCAAAGAGUUGAUAGUCUUUUGCUUUUGGCAAAACUCUGCUUAAUCCAAUGGGUUUUUCCCUGUACAGUAGAUUUUCCAGAUGUAAUAAACUUUAAUAUAAAGUAGUCAUGUGAACUCUACUGCCUUUGCUUCUUUCUGUGCUGGUCUUGUGGCCAUGACCAGCCUUUUCUCUAAACGCCAAUGAUAUUGGGAAACUUGGCUAAAAGCUCUGUGCCUUCAUCUUUCCCGUGGGGAGGGAUUCUGGGGCCAGAGUCCCUCUGGUUUGUUUGUCUUUUUGUUUUUUGUCUUUGCUGAAAUUAUUCUGGAGAUUGGUAGGUCCAUUCAAGGUUAUACAAGGCCUGAUGUAAAUUUCCGCGUUGCCAAGUUCGAAGGACAGUCUCCUAAAUGGUGACGAAGCUGUGUCAGCCCCGGUCCAGUUUGAUCCGAGGCCACGUGCCCCAUGGAGGCCUGGAGCCAAGGCCUGCCUCUCAGACACCUUCGCUGGGACCAGAGACCCCCAGCCCUGGCUCCUGGGAACUCCUGUGGUUGCUUAUUUAAUUUGACAACGUUCCAGCUACUCUGUUGGCCGCUCCGAGAGGGGACCGUCUGUGAUUCGGAGAGACGCCCUGCCCAACGAAGGGAACUUGUGCCCUGUGUUCCAUACAGAGACUUUCUACCAGAGUGUAUGAAUGGACACGACUCCGGGGUGGAGAAGGGGCUGUGACCGUGCUCAUCUCUGCUGGUCCAUGGGACGGCGCUCAACCCAUGGCUGGGCCCAUUCAUGUAGCUAAUAAACGGUACUUGUCAUUCGG